ACACUUCACCACAAUCAUUUACAUUUUUGGUCGUCGAAUGAUUCCCUUUGCUACUUCUAUGGUCAGUCACCUGUUUUCCAUAAACCGUCGGAAAAGAAGCUAACAAGACAAGUCAGAAGAGCAGCAACCAUUGAAAGAAAGUUCAAAAAUAUAUAUUUUUUUUUCAUUAAACCGACAAAGCACGAAACAGAGCAAGUUCUGUAACAGAAGUGGGAUGUGAUGUGCUCUUGAGUUGGUAUGCUAAAAAUAUCGCAAAGAAAUCUCUCAGCUUUUUUAAUAUCUUUCAAGUCAAAUCAUUUACCCUAUAAGAUAAGAUCAUCAUCAAUGUUGCUUCUGCUCCUCCUUCGCGUUAUCUGCUUGUAGAAACGAAGAAGAAACCCUAGCCAACAAAAAAAAAUAAAAAUGAGCCACAACACGACGGCGGUUGAUGAUCCUCGCCAGAUUAAACGUGCACUAAUUGAUGCUUCCGCCGGUGCUAUCUCCGGUGCUGUCUCUCGCACCGUUACUUCUCCCCUUGACGUCAUUAAGAUUAGGUUUCAGGUUCAACUAGAACCGACAACUUCAUGGUCUGUGGUCCGGGGAAACUUGUCUGGAGCGUCCAAGUAUACUGGAAUGGUUCAGGCAACUAAAGACAUUUUUAGAGAAGAAGGUUUCCGGGGUUUUUGGCGUGGGAAUGUGCCAGCUUUGCUUAUGGUCAUGCCAUAUACUUCAAUUCAGUUUACAGUUCUACAUAAGUUGAAAUCUUUUGCAUCUGGCUCUACUAAAACAGAGGAUCAUAUACAUUUGAGUCCUUAUCUAUCCUUUGUCAGUGGAGCUUUAGCAGGAUGUGCUGCUACACUAGGUUCCUAUCCUUUUGAUCUUCUUAGGACAAUACUAGCCUCACAAGGGGAGCCUAAGGUUUUGUUUGCUUUGACAUAUGUGUAUCCAACAAUGAGGUCUGCAUUUGUCGAUAUUUUCCAAUCUCGAGGUGUAAGAGGAUUGUAUAAUGGACUAACACCAACACUUGUUGAAAUUGUGCCUUACGCUGGCCUGCAGUUUGGCACCUAUGAUAUGUUUAAACGUUGGAUGAUGGACUGGAACAGAUACAUGUUAUCCUCCAAAGAUCCAAUAAACGUGGACACAAACGUCUCUAGCUUUCAGCUUUUUGUUUGUGGGCUUGGGGCAGGAACUAGCGCCAAACUCGUCUGCCAUCCUCUUGAUGUGGUUAAAAAGCGUUUUCAGAUUGAAGGUUUACAGAGACAUCCGAGAUAUGGAGCUCGGCUGGAGCAACGUGCAUACAGAAACAUGUUAGACGGUCUUAAACAGAUUCUGAUGUCAGAAGGGUGGCACGGUCUGUACAAAGGCAUUGUGCCAUCAACUGUGAAAGCUGCUCCUGCUGGUGCCGUUACCUUUGUGGCAUAUGAGUUUACCUCCGACUGGUUGGAAUCAAUUUCUUGGUAGAGAUUUUACACUCUUUUUCACAUUUUUUACAUCUUUCUUUCUCUAGCGUUUCCUAUAGGCUUGGCCCUAUACACGGGUGUGUUAAACACAUAUCAUAUGAUCAUUGGUUAUUGUGGGAAUUAUAUGUCGGCAGUUUUGAAAGUUUCUAGGAAGCGUAGCCGAUACGUAGAGUGAGAUUGUCUAACUGUGUAGCGAAUCCAAGCUAUCAUAUUCCAGAACAUGUUUCUCAAAAUAAGGAAAAAUACUAUGGAUCUUUUUCCACUAUUUGAUAAUACAAUUGUUGAAUU